CGGCGCGGGGCAUGCCGGGAGCCUCCAGGGGAGGAGUUCGUCGCCAUUGGCGAGGCGGUUUGCAGAGCGCGCGCGGCGGCGGCGGCGGCGGCGGCGCAGGCGCAGCGGCGGCGGCGGCAGCGGCGGCGGCAGCGGCAGCGGCAGCGGCAGCGGCAGGGGCAGGUAACGGUGGGCUGGGGCGAGCGCCGCCGCCGCCUUUCUCGCGUCCCCUUGCUGCCUCGAGGCGCCCCCACGUCGGGCUGCCUCCUCUUGCGGCCUCCCCGGCCGGCGCGGGGGCUGCGGCCCUGCCAUCACCCUCCGGCUCCUCUUGCUGUCUGGCAGCUGCGAGCCCGGCCCCAGCUGCACGGGCCCUGCCUUGCUGUCCGAGAUGGGAAUCCACGGCCUGGCCAAGCUCAUCGCCGACGUGGCCCCAGCUGCCAUCCGGGAGAACGACAUUAAGGCUUACUUUGGUCGGAAGGUGGCUAUUGAUGCAUCGAUGAGCAUCUACCAGUUCCUCAUCGCGGUGCGGCAGGGAGCUGAGGUGCUGCAGAACGAGGAGGGUGAGACCACCAGCCAUCUGAUGGGCAUGUUCUACCGCACCAUCCGCAUGGUGGAGAGCGGCAUCAAGCCGGUCUAUGUCUUCGACGGUAAGCCCCCUCAGCUGAAGUCAGGGGAGCUAGCAAAGCGGACGGAGCGCCGUGCUGAGGCGGAGAAGCAUUUGCAUGAAGCUCAAGAGGCCGGAGAGGAGAACAACAUUGAGAAAUUCAGCAAGAGACUGGUCAAGGUGACCCAGCAGCACACUGAUGAAUGCAAGAAGUUACUAAUGCUGAUGGGCAUUCCUUAUAUUGAGGCACCAGGAGAGGCUGAAGCCAGCUGUGCCACCUUGGUGAAAGCUGGUAAGGUCUAUGCAGCUGCUACUGAAGAUAUGGAUUGCCUGACCUUUGGCAGUCCAGUACUGAUGCGACACCUUACUGCUAGCGAGGCUAAGAAGUUACCAGUCCAAGAGUUUCACCUGAAUCGUAUUCUGCAAGAUCUAGAUCUGACCUGGGAACAGUUUGUGGACCUGUGUAUUCUCCUGGGCUGUGACUACUGUGAGAGCAUCCGUGGCAUUGGACCUAAGCGUGCAGUUGAGCUCAUCAAGCAACACAAAACUAUUGAAAAGAUCGUUCAGCACAUAGAUACCAAGAAGUAUCCUCUGCCUGAGAACUGGUUGCACAAAGAGGCCCAGAAGCUCUUUCUAGAGCCAGAUGUGGUAGACCCUGAUGCUGUUGAACUGAAGUGGACUGAGCCAAAUGAAGAAGAGCUCAUCCAAUUCAUGUGUGGAGAGAAGCAGUUCAAUGAAGAACGGAUCCGCAAUGGGAUCAAAAGAUUGAGCAAGAGCCGGCAAGGCAGCACCCAGGGCCGACUGGAUGACUUCUUCAAGGUGACUGGCUCCAUCACAUCAGCCAAGCGCAAAGAGCCAGAAUCCAAGGGAUCAGCAAAGAAGAAAGCAAAGACCAACAAUGCAGCAGCAGCAAAGUUCAGAAAGGGGAGAUAAUUAAGUUUCCCAAACCAUUAGGAUUGGGGUUUUUUUUAUUCUCAACAAUGAAGAAGUGAAGAGUUUUAGGCUAAUAACAAAAAUAUAGGUAUAAAUAAAUUCCCAGACUAAGAAGAAAAAAGAAAAUGCUUCUUUUUUUUUUUAUGCUGUACUUUAUGUAACCUUUUCCUAUAACCUGUUAAAGCAAUGUGCUAUUUUUUUCAGAAUAAAAUUUACAUACAAAUACAA